GACAAAAAUACGUAUAAAUAUGUCAUACGUAUAUCACAAUAACGUACGUUAUAGAUGUGGAAGUUGGAAGUAAUUAGCUCACUAGAUUUAGUUAGUCGAAUUUAGACCGCUGUACCGUUCGCUGAACUCCCCCGCUGAGAUUUUUGAGUUCUCCAUCUUGUUUCCGUUUUGUCGAAAAUCACACGCCGCACAAAAUGAAGAUCAUAAUUUACGCGCUUCUCAUUUCGAUUUGCCUGCUGGGUUCAACUUUCGGAAACACGGAGGAAGAAGAUCCGGCAUGCAAUUGCGAUCAUUGCGAGAAAACGAACGACGAAAAAUUGAACGAAUUAUCGUCAGGGAAUCCACCGCAAGUGAUAUCGUUGGCCAAUAAAAAGCGAAACGGUACCGACGAUCGCCUCGUAAUUUGCGCGAGAGGACGUGAUCUACCGGACAAAACUUUUCCAAGCGUUUGUCACAUGCUCUGUCAAAAUCGUUGCUCACGUUUCAACGUUACCGAAAUAAUCGAGGGAAAAAUGAAACGCUACAUCACCACGGUCCACAGAACCAAUUACUACAAACUUCGCGACGGACCGUGCAAAAAACUGUAGAACUCCGCUUCUCAAAACUGAUCGGAUCACUAUCGCAAAUUACGUAUGGCAUAGAUACUCGAUUUCAUAAAUUUACAUAGACUCAUUUAUAUAAUUGUAAAUAAAAAUGAUGAUUAUGAAAAUGG